ACGGUUAACACGCGAAUGCAUUCUCCAGAGGAUUACAGCGCUGUCUUUUAAGCUGCAAAUUACACAUCACUCCUGGAUACAAAACAUCUGGACAACAAAAGGCUUGGAGGAGUAUAAGCUGAGGCAGAUGUGAAGACGUGCAGCAGAUGGACUGAUCUCCUCAUCAUGAAUCCAGCUCUGGUGCUGUUGGCGUUGCUGGCCUCAGUGGCGGCUCAGUCUCAAGACCAUUAUGACAUGGGCUGGGUCAAUGGCUACCGUCAGGGAUUCAACUUCCAGUGUCCCCACGGUGAAGUCAUCGUGGCCAUCAGGAGCUACUUCAGUGAGAAUGAUGGCUCCGACCGCCUGUGGUCGUUUGAGUGCCAGCCCACACCUGCGGGUCUGGGGGAGCCCAGUGACUGCUGGUGGGACGAUAUCAACCGUGCUGGGAUGGAGUGGACUUCAACAUGCACCCGUAACGGCCUGGUAGCAGGUGUUCAGAGCAAGUACUUUGAGUCCACUCUUGACCGGGAAUGGCAGUUUUACUGUUGCUUCUACAAACGCCGCUGUCCCUACUCCUGCAUGAAGACCACUGACAUUCCUGAAUACUACAGAGAAGAGGGAGAGCUAGUUGUCCCAAGUUAUGGAUACUUCAUCCGAGGUGCCCAGACCACCUUCAGUGGAGUGCUAAGAGAUCGGCAGUGGAAGUACAUCCUGUGCAGAAUGACAGACUUUGACUGUGAAUUUGACAAUUUAUAGACAUGUGAGGAGUUUUUUUAUUGGUGCAUAAACAUUUUUAAUACAUAUUCACAUAUACAUUUAAAGGUGACCUAUUAUGCCUUUUAUUUUACUCUGUCUUAUAUCUCCUGUUCCAGUGGCAGGUGCUCAUAUUAAACAUGGCCAAAGUUACAAGUAAUCCCUGUGAGCCAAACGCUACAUACGUAUAUCCAUCGCUUCAAACAGCCAAUCAAUCAGUGAAAGAGAGAUAGGCGGUUGCCUUUGGUAGUUGCUGUGGCAGCUGCACUGGCAAAAUUACCCCGCACAGUUACUGACAGCCGAAAGCUGUUCAAACCUUCUGUAUGAGAGGAGCAGCCAAUCAGGAAACAGCUGGUUUAAAGGGAGGCAGUUUUUGUAUAACGUUUCUGCUCAUGUUCAUGGACAGAGAUUCUCCCUUUUUUGUUUGAUUAGACCUGAAGCGAAUGUGUUUCUACAGUGAGUGCUGUAUGUUUCAAGACUCUUCAUAUGGGAGGCAUCAGCCUGGCAACCGAGAAAACUGAUCUUUAGAAAAAAAAAAGAAAUCUUCCUUUAAUCCAAACCCUGUUUUUCCGCAGUUAACGUAGCACGUAAUUGAAAAUCCAAAAGAAGUGUCAGGCGUUUGAAAUAUUUCACACCACUGCCAUUGGGGCUAUUCCUGUUAAUUUGAUUUAAACGAGUUUAAACCAGAAAAAAACAUGAGAACGAGCUGCACCAGGGCCCCGUAUAAGAAUAAAAUAUGAAGUUGGAAAUAGGUCCCCUCUAAAACAGUGACUUGGUUCAUGUUUUCAUCCAUAUGUAUACAUAUGUAUAUUUUAUUUUUUAACCACUGUUUCUAUUAGUCUGGCAUGAAGAAUAUAAACAUAUCAUAUAAACAGUUAAAAUGAACAUCUCCAUGAUGGUUCUGUGGGGGAUUUGGGCUCCACUGGGCUCUCUGGACAGCUUCAACCUUUUUUUUUCUUUUGUUUGUUUGGUUACUGGAUGAAGUGGAAGUACAUUGGCAGCACGUUACAAACAAAACAAAACAAAGUGAAUUUGAUACUGUUAAUGGCUGUGGAAAACACAGCUCAUCAGGCUCUCCUCCAAGAUUUCCCAAACACGUGACUUUCAUGCACAUAAUCGCAUUCACAGAGCUGACUGAGAUACUCUCCUGGUAGUAACAUUGGAUCAGUCAUGUUGGGAGUAAUGAGAGGCUCUCUCUGAGUCAGUGGCGAAACAAGAUUUGCAUGCAAUGAACGAGGUCCCAUCUGCUUCCUCUGUCCAUCCUUUAUUAAAGUGUCUUGUCCAGUUUGGCAAUUAUAACCUGUACUUAAAUCCAUGUAACCGUGCUGUGUGAAAACCUGGAUUAAAAACCUCAUUUAUUUAAUGUGAAA